GGUGGGAGGAGGGAAGGAGGGGCCGCUGCUGUCUGGCUUGUUUGCAGACGGAUCUGCUGUAUCCUGGGCAUUCUAUCACAGUCCUGAAUAUCUCCCUGUAUGUUUUCCUCUCAGAUCCCAUUUACCGAACUGGAGACCCCGCAGAGCAUGUAACCAUUUCCUGUCUACAGAGCCAUGGACCGGGCCAGCCUGGCCGGAGGGAAUAGGGGGGACCCUGGGCAACUCAUCGUCCGGUCCCUGGACUUCAAGAGCCAGGGGUCGCAGUGCUACAAGGACAAGAAGUACCGGGAGGCCAUCGGCAAGUACCAUCGGGCACUACUGGAACUGAAAGGGUUACCAGGGGACAGGGACUGCCCUGGGGGCACCCAGACACCGGCCCCCUUACCCGGACAGGGGCACCUAACGGAGGAGCAGCGCAGGGCAGUGGAGAGCAUCGAGGUGGAUUGCUACAACAGCCUGGCAGGUGGGUGAUGAUGGGCACAGUGCCACCAGCUUGGGGUUCACCCUCUGCCUGGCACCUCCUGAGGCAGGGAUGCCCAUAGCUUUAGGAAUCAGGGCUGGGUACCAUCAGCACUGUAUGAUGCUCUCUGUGUGAGAUGCCUAUCAGCCUGGGCUUCAGGGGUUGAUGCCCACUGUGCCACAGCAGCUGGUGUCUGAUGGCAAUGGGGAGCUUGUCAUUAUUCCUGGUAUUGGACACAAAGUGGCGUGAUUUCCCACAGUAAAAGAUCACCCCCACCGCCUCCCCUCUGCCAUCAUCAUCAUUAACCCCAGGAGUUCCAGGGAGAUGGAGAUUAAAUCCCUUAAUCGAUACUUUGUGUAUGUUGUGCGUUCAAUUAUGAGCAAUACUGUUCAGUCAUUAACAACCCAUUGCUAGAACACAGAACGUUCUAAGUCGUUGAGAAAACUGAUACUUUUGUUUUCCUUUUCAAAUAAACUGACUGGUUUAUUUACUAAACAGUGAGGUUAACAAAGAUUGGGUUUUCAUCUCCAAUCGAUAUGACAGACAGGCGUCAAGAGAUUUGUACAUUUUAGACCAAAAUAGCUGAGCUGAAGCAUUUUUCCAUGUUUUGCCUUUAAAAUGUCCCAUUUAUUAGUCAGUUACUUACAAUUACCAGUCAAUUAAUGCAAAUUACUGGACUGUGUCAAAUGGAAUAUAGAAAAGUUAAAAUUAAAUCAAAGGUAUCUGAUUUGUGAGAGGGAAACCCUCCCUCCAUUUUGGCCUGUGUGUGUUGGCCUUAAAUUUUGAUAUUCAGUUUUUAAUGACCCAUAUAGUAAAUAAACCUUAUGUGAAUUGUACUACAUUCUUAUCCAAAAUAGAAGCAAUGCAAUGAGAUUCUGACAAAUUCCAGACAUGUAUAUUUUUAUUCCAGCUCAGGUUUCUUGUUUAAUUUACAGUUUAGUAAAUAAGCCCCAAAAGGGAUUAUAUAUGUUUUACAUCAGCUGCUCAUUAUCCCUGGUCCAGUAUAGAAAAGAGACUCCCCAUUGGCUCUAACAGGCAUGUCCUAUUACUCAGUCCCCCGGCAACAACAACUACCUGCAGUUGUUGGCAUUGCCUGUAACAAUGCAAUGGAGUAUGGAGACCAAAUUCAUAGAAUUUAUUCUACAAUGUGUUAGAAUGUGAAGAUCAAGUCACCAAGCUAAUUUUGGUUAAAGACAGUCACAGCACUUAGCGAUAUAUGUAUAAUUUUGCCUGUUUUUAGAAUGGUUAGGUACCACUGCUUGGAAUAUAUAUACCCUCUACCGUAACUAGAUAUGGGGCAUCAGAAUCCUAUUUUACUGCCACUUUAGUGUACAAACUGGUCCGAGAGGGAUGGCACUAUACAUUGAUAAUAAGAACCACUGACUCAUAUUUCCAAACUGUGCUCCGAAGGCCAUUUGAUUUUAUACAGAUUGGGUUAUUUACAAAACCCUGGGUUAAAGUGUAUUGGAAACUGAAUUGCACAAUAAACAGAGCUAUUGUCACAUAUUGGCUAUUUUAGCCUGAAUGUUGCCGUUUGGAUAUCAUUGCUCUACAAUUCAGUGUUUAGUGAAUAAGCCCCACUGUGUUAAUUAAUAAACCACCUUCCCAGUAAUGGUACCAGCUUUUCAUAUUUCAAGACAUACAGCAUUUAGAAUAACUUCUAGCAUUGUCUGAGCAGCCUGAAUAUAGGAAUGCUUGUAUAGCAUUGUAUUCUGUGAAUACGCAGUGCAUAAAGGAUGCAUUAAACAUUAAUUGGUUACUCCAAACAAAAAACUGCCUUAAGAAAACACUCUGAUUUUGGUUAGUAUAACCAUUCUUAUCCAGGCAACUAAAACUCACUUACCUUUCUAGUACCAAAGCAACGUUCACCCUCAGCCCAAGCCUACUCUGCUGACGCCGAUCCUCUUUUCCUGAGGGGUGCUUGCCGAUGACAGGUGCCAGAUAUGCCCAGAAUUGACAUAACCCAGUCUGGCACUCUUGUUAUGGAUUGGCUAAUGACACCUCAAUGAUGCUCAUGGAAGUGAAGUGAUAUCUCUGGCACUAAAGGGGUUAAACUCACAGAGUUUCAUAGCAAAAUACUGCACGUACAGAUUGCAGGCACCAUGACCACUUCAAAUCACUGAAGUGGUCAUGUUGCUCGGAGUGACCCUUUAAAGAGUCAUGUAGCUCUGGGAAUAGUGUAAUAGAUGACAAACAUGCCAACUAUUGUGAUACAAAGAUUAGGUAGUGUUGGUGAGGAAUUCUUGCAUAACAAUAAAAUAUAUGGGUUCACUCAUCCCACCGUGCCAGUCUCUAGAAGGGGUGCCCAAUAUGUAAAUCUCAAUUACAAUUACAACCUCCAUGAUUCUGCCUUGACAAUUGUAAUGCAUUAUGGAAAAUGUAGUACUAAAACAUUUAAGGAUAUACCUUUUGGGCAAUCCUGGUCUAUAUACUUUGGCUUUUAUUGGGGACUUUGAACCGUAAUAGAGUAUACAUUAUCUUUAUUUAUUACUGGUAUUUAUAAAGAGUUAACAUAUUCCGCAAAGCUGUAAAAUUAGGAAAAAGACAAUAAGAACAGUCGGAUACAACCGGUAGAGGACCCUGCCCGUGAGAUUACAAUCUUGAAAAGUCAAAUGUCUGUCUACUGGGAAUCUCUGUGUGAUGGGCAACUGUACGGUUAUCCACUAAGCCAUGAAAUGUGAAGUUAUAGGCCAAAAUAGCCCAAUUGGAAGAGUUCUACAAGUCUGCUAUUUUGCCCUUGGAUUUGCAAUGGCCUGGUGAAUUCUCGCCAAUUCGCAGUAUCAUCAAUAAUCCUGUUUGGAUGAAAUAUUUUAUAUUUCCCCUCAACCCUCUUCUAAUAUGUGAAUUUCUUUCUUUAUAGCUUUCCUAUCGCUUCGCCAAUAACAUUGCAUAAAGCCCAUCGUUUACAAUUAAGCAGCUAUUCAGGUUCAAGCUAAAUGGACAUCAGACUUCCCCAUUUAUUGCCAAAACUCUAAGUAUUGCUAGUAUUGUGUAAGCAGCUGGCUAAUAAACAUUUUCAUAUAACUGGCACAGGAACGGUUUUUAUUACCAGUCAGACAGCUGGGCAUUCGAUGGCUUUAAUUCAGCAUGAAAUAUGUGCCAUUUUGUCAUUCUGGGUUUGCAUCUGAGAAUAGCUAUGAAUUUUUCCAGUUGUUGCAUUACCUCUGGUUUUAAGACUGUCAGCUGCUCCUGUCUCUGCAGGCAUACGUUGGCACUAUUUGCAUCUGCAGGCUACAUAGCAAUUAACUGCAUGCCUUCUGAGUGCCACACAUGAGACACUUGAUGCUUCCUGCCCAAAAAACACAUAAUAAACAAUGUUAGCAGGCCUCCAAAUGCCAGACGUAUUUGCAAAAUACUGGGUACUUCUCUGUUUAACCAGUAUUACUGUGUUCUGUUUGUAGGCUCGUCUGCUAACCACUCACCACUUUUGUUAGCAUAGAGCAGAAUGUAGUGGCGAAUAUUUUUUAGAGAAAUUCCAAAUUAAAUGUUAAAUCUGAAACAACUCCAUAUGAGUCUACUUUUCCUGUUAUUAAAUCCAUUCAUGUUUGUUUUGUUUAUUAUAAGAGAUUUAACGAGACACUAUAAACACUGUAACCACAACAGUAGAAGUAUCAAGCAGGCGCCCCAUGGGAUGGAUUGGGCCCACUAGGAUCCUGUAACCAGCCCAUGGGUUUUAAGUACAACCAGGUCACAUGGGAACUUAGUUCCCACACACACAACUGCGUUUAUUGGAGGUCAGGCAUAAGCUUGCGAUUUGUACACCCCACACAACAGAGCCAACACAGAGAGAUGCUAGGGAUAUCGGGGAAGCUAUACCAGGGGUGUUUUGGUAGGAAAACAGCUGGGGGUCUUCGAUAUUGUGGAAAAUAUGUGAGCAUUACAGAGCUCCUGUCAGUAAAACAUUACUAAGUUUUAUUGCUUUGUAACUCAGUGAUGCAUUUAUAUACAUGCUGAAUAUUACUGUGAAUUCUAUUGCUCUGGAGCUCAGUGGUACAUACAUAUGUCCAAACCAACAUUACUGUGAGUUCUAAUGCCCUGGAGCUCUGUGAUACAUACAUAAGCACAAAUCCACAUUACUGUGAGUUCUAUUGCUCUGGCGCUCUGUGAUACACACAUAGGCACAAAUCCACAUUGCUGUGAGUUCUAUUGCUCUGGAGCUCUGUGAUACACACAUAGGCACAAAUCCAUAUUAAUGUGAGUUCUAUUGCUCUGGAGCUCUGUGAUACACACACAGGAACAAAUCCACAUUGCUGUGAGUUCUAUUGCUCUGGAGCUCUGUGAUACACACAUAGGCACAAAUCCACAUUGCUGAGAGUGCUAUUGCUCUGGCGCUCUGUGAUACACACAGGCACAAAACCACAUUGCUGUGAGUGCUAUUGCUCUGGAGUUCUGUGAUACACACACAGGCACAAAUCCACAUUGCUGUGAGUUCUAUUGCUCUGGAGCUCUGUGAUAAUCACACAGGCACAAAUCCACAUUGCUGUGAGUUCUAUUGCUCUGGAGCUCUGAGAUACACACACAGGCACAAAUCCACAUUGCUGUGAGUUCUAUUGCUCUGGAGCUCUGUGAUACACACACAGGCACAAAUCCACAUUGCUGUGAGUUCUAUUGCUCUGGAGCUCUGUGAUACACACACAGGCACAAAUCCACAUUGCUGUGAGUUCUAUUGCUCUGGAGCUCUGUGAUACACACACAGGCACAAAUCCACAUUGCUGUGAGUUCUAUUGCUCUGGAGCUCUGUGAUACACACAUAGGCACAAAUCCACAUUGCUGUGAGUUCUAUUGCUCUGGAGCUCUGUGAUACACACAUAGGCACAAAUCCAUAUUAAUGUGAGUUCUAUUGCCCUGGAGCUCUGUGAUACACACAUAGGCACAUAUCCACAUUGCUGUGAGGUUCUAUUGCUCUGUGAUACAUACAUAGGCACAAAUCCACAUUACUGUGAGUUCUAUGGCAGUAGAACUCCAGAUGUCUGUGGGUAAUGCAGAAUUGAACCUUCACCAAUUUAAUUAACCACAUGAACAAACCACUCAAAUCUCCACGCACUAUAACCACUAAACUAAGCUGUUGUAGUUAUGGUGCUUAGUAUACAUUUAUUGCCUAUAUUCUGCGAACUAUAUAACAAUUGUUAGUAAUGACGUUUUUAUUAAAUAGGCACCUAAUGGGUAAUUUCAUUACCAUAUCCUAGAGCUUUUCUGAAAGGCUGAUUACUAUGAAAGAUUUUUCACUUAGCGAUGAUAAUCUUAUUUAAAAGCAACGCAGUUGAUAUUUUAUUCUUUUAAAGCAUAUCGUUUCUAUGACUGUCGUAUACAAGUAUUAAAUGUUACACCUCUGAGAAAUUUACUUUGGCGAUAUUCUGAGAUACUGACUUGGAUACUGAUAACGUUACUGGACAAAAUUGGGAGUCAUAUUGUCAAAUGACACUCCAUUAUGUACCUCAAGAACUACUGUAUAUUGUGCUAUUCUAUUCCUGUAUUUUAAACCUGGUAUUUUUUAAAUAUGUCCUCUCCCAUUUAAAUGAUGUAACUGUACCUCUCAAUAAUUUCUGCGACUGGACAAUGCUAAAAUAGUGCAGUAUAACAUGUUCAGCAUUGUAUUCUGGUCUGGUUAGGUCAGUACUAUGAAUUGGAAGGAGGUGAAGCAACAAUAUGUUAAUUUGCUAAAUUGCUAAUUGCUGGGAUUUUAAGAAAGGAAUUCUUUAAUUUAAGCCCAGACAGCAAAACUGGAAAAACAUGCUUUUUUCCCCCCACGCUCGGUAACUGGAAAAAACAGCAAGUUUUCCAAAUGGAGACAGUUCAUUAUCAUGGGAAAACAGGCAAAUUCUCACAAAGCCAUUUCAUAAAACAAAAAAAAAACAAUAUAUGUGUUUUUUGAAGCCUGGUGAAGCAUAGUGAUACAAAAUGGUAUCGCGUUUACCUUUCUAGCUGCUUAAUCAUAGCACAACCACAACAUUUGCAUUUUCAAUUUCCUAUGUAAUAAAGAACCCACAAGUGAAAAGAUUAACAUGGUUUUCGAAUUGUGGUGAACUGUAAUUUUCGUCUCAAAAUAUAGGCUAAAAUAGGUGAUUUUGGAAAUUCUCCAACUUAACUGUAAUCAAUUACAGUUUGAUGUUUAGCGAAUACACAUUACCUUAAUUCAUCAUCCUUAUAGAACGGAACUCUGAAUAACAUCCCAAAAAUAGCUGAGAUUUAUACGUUUGUUUUAUGACGUGUAUUAUCACCUGUCAUAAGCCCUAUUGAUAUGCUAAUAAAAUCUCUCUGCUCUGUUAAAACCUGCCAAAAUAGCCUUCCAGUAGUCUCUACUUUAGAAUCUGUAAGAGUCAAUUUUUGAAAAGUAAAAAAAUAAACCAUUAAAUCAUUUUAUUUUUGUGAUCUUGCUUGGCUCCUGAAAUACAUGGGAUAUAAACAUAUAUUUAGAAGAAACAAAAUAGUCUUAAGUACAAAACAUACACAUUAGUUUAAUAGUCACUAAAGCCUUAAUUCUUAAAAAAAAAAGUAUAGUAUACUGUAAAUGUAAACCAUUCUUUUUAUAGUUAAAAGGCCUCCAGGACUGCCUUUUGAGAUGAAUGAUUUUUAAGAGUAGGGGGUGUCAUUGCAAUGCCAGCCAGUAAUGACCACAAGGGAGGAAUGGAUUAUUUUGUUGGUAGUUAGAUGUAGGGAUUUAUUCCAUUAACACUGUAGUGUAGUGCAAUGAAUGAAAAACUGAAGAAUUAAAGGGACACUGUAGACACUAUAACCAUCUCAACUAUGCUCUCAAUCAGCUAUAGUGGAGGUUGAAAAUAUGGUCCAGCAGACCCCAGGUACGAUGUCAGCCUGUUCUAAACCUAUUUGACUACUUAGAAAUAGGGGGGAGGAGCUCAAGACACUCUUAGGCACCACAAUCACUGCAGUGGUUAUGGUGCUUGGAGUGUUCCUUUAAGCAAACCAAAAUGUUACUGUUUGUCGAUUUGUCUGGUAUUGUAAUUAUCUUAUGGAUUCUAUCUCCUUCAAAACUAGUCAUGACUGUCACGACAUCUAAUUAACUGAUCCCUGAUUAAAAAUACAAAUUCUUCUAUGUAGGUAAUUUAAAAAAAAAAAAAAUGCUGCCUGUUUCCAAAAUAUAUUUUUUUGUUUCCUAAUUAGUAUUUACAAAUUUUAUAACUCCACUUCCAGACCCUUAUUUAAUAUAUUCUGAAACUCCAUGACCAAAGUACAAAUCACUAGCCAUAGUAUCUGAUAACUAUCCUUUCAAGGGUAAAAGUGUCUAUGUACGGAAUUCCUGACUGUCUGAAUAUAGAUGUCCAGACAAACCCUGAAAUUGUUCUUACCAUGAGCUCGGUGGAAGGUGAGCAUAAAAUAAAUUAACGAUUUAUUAAUCUCUCUGUUUUGUGCUUUAGACUGUGAGCUUGUAUGAGUAAAACCAUCACCACUAAUUGUUCCUCUAUAUCAACGUGUUCCUGCUUUACAUACUUGCAUGUUGGUCCACUUUUUUGUACAGCGCUGCAGAAAAUGUUGGUGCAUUAUUAAGAAUACUACUAAAGUGUUGAAAUUGGUGACUGUCUCUGUUAAAGUGACUGAUAAAAGUGUAUUUCAUGGCUCAACAUUUCAUAUCCUAUGGCGCUAGACAGACCUAAAAAUUACUCUCCACUGAAAGCAUUCAAUGGUCACCAAGGAGUAAUGUUUACUCCAGAGCUGAAUUUUCAUUUGCCAAUGGCUAGUAGGCAAGUGGAAAUUUUGAGCCUUGCUGUAUUCCAUGGAUUUGAAUGGCAACAUGUGACUCAGGGGAGCCUUUAUCAAGUCAUGGCUUUGUCAUGACUUGACAAAUGCUUUCCUAAGCCCAAACGUUGACUUCAGUUAAGUUGUUUUCCCCCCCUCCCCACGCAUUGCAGAAACCCUUCUGUCACUUACCUGACAUCAGCGCUGGGACAAGCUCCACCCAGGGACGGUGCAAGCCCCUUUGUGUGUCUCUUACCUCCAGCCCCUUUCUGUGUCUCAUUCUUACCUAUGCCCCUUUCUUUGUCUCCUUCUCCACCACAGUCCCUCUGUGUGUCUUUUUCCACUCAGUCCAUUUUGUGUGACUUUCCUCCCAAGCCACAGGCAUUGUUUUUCAGGCACACAGUCAACGUCAUACAGGUACACUGUCAUACAGACACACAGAGACACACAGCCAGAGACAUACAGAUACACCGACACCGUCACAUAGACAUACAGACAUGCAGUCAUACAGAGACAUGCAGUCAUACAGACAUAUACAUACAUACACAGAAAUACAGACAUAGAGAAAGAUACAUACAGAGGCAUACCAUCAUACAGAAACAUGCAUAUAAAGGCAUACAGUUGCAUGCAUUCACACAGUCACAAUUACAUACUUACAUCUGGUCCCUAAGGUGCUUGCUUCUGGCUCUGUGGAGUCCUGUUUUGCAGCCAAGCCUCAUUGCUGGGCACCAGCCGCACUAUGUGGUACACAGGGAGCAGGGAUAUGAUGUUAUUCAUGUCCCCGCCCCCUCCACACAACCAGUGUAGGGGGCUGGGCAGGCAGUACUGGGCAGGGCAGGUGGGAAGAGGCUAGGCUCCACGGGUGGAAAGCUCUGGGCUGUGCUCGGCCAUGCUACAAGAAGUAACCGGCUGGAGGGGAGCGCAGUGCGCUUCCCUCCAGCCGGACAGCCUGACAUUGAGCCCCCAGGGCCGGUGCGCCCUAAGGCGGCUGCCUUAUGGUAGCGCCGGCCCUGACUCCACCUCCACUCCUCCUCCCCCAAUAUCCGCCAACGUCAGGGACCUAAUGUGCAUGCACUCUCAUUAGGAUUACCCCAUAGGAAAGCACUGAAUCACUGCUUUCCUAUUGGGUUUAGCUGACACUGGAUGUGUUCAUGCAGACUGUGAGGACAUCCAGCGUCAGGCCACCAAAAGUCGCCUAACGACCCAGAAGCACCUCAUAGGAAAGCAUUGAAUCACUGCUUUCCUAUUGGGUUUAGCUGACACUGGAUGUGCUCAUGCAGAAUGUGAGGACAUCCAGCGUCAGGCCACCAAAACUCGCCUAACGACCCAGAAGCACCUCUGGUAGACAGCCACUAAAGAUGGAGUUAACCCUGCAAUGUAUUUAUUUAUCAAUUACUGCAAUAAUUACAAUUGAAGGGUUAAAGGGACAGGGGCACUGCACCCAGACCACUUCAAUGUGGUUCUGGUGGCUAGAGUGUCCCUUUAAAGUUUCCUACCUCUCACUUAUCUUUGAAUUUGUGUUUUUUGAUCGUUUGACAACACGUGAGUUGCAGAUGUUCUGUGUUCCGUUCAUCUCUGUUUACCAUGAUUAAAUACUUGUUGUGUUGCCAGAAAUUCCAAAGGUAAAUCUAGUUGGAUAUUUCUGCCUUUUUCCCCAUUUUUAACUGAAUAAAUUGGUCUGCUAUAGAUGAGCUCCAUGCAAUAAGAUAAAUCUUUUUAGUCUGUUUAUACUAUCAGUGCUUGCUGUGUUGUCUCAUCAGCUCAGAUGCAGAUUCCUUCUCCUAACAACAAUUCCAUUAAUAAUCUGUGUUAAAAUCUCAAACUUAUUCCAGCUUAGAUUGAAAUCUUGGGCAUUCUAAUACAUGAAUACAAUCCUUUUCCUCUGAAGUUCAUUUAUGCUUGGUACAUUGGUAUGCAAAGUACAACCAAUAGUGGUAUACCAGAGUUUGCAGGUCCCCCCUGUAAUUCUAUAGGGUACGUACCUCCACACACAUAUCAUGAUAAGGCCUCUUACUGUGGUGGGAGGAGAACCUAACCCCCGGAGUGGUCCUGCUCUUUGUCCAAAGGUAGUGUGACCUCACUCAGCACUGUCGGUUCACUAAGUUACUGCUAGGUCAUUAGGAAGCUCUAAAAGUGAUUCUGUAGCAUUUUCAAGGGACGUCUAAGAUUCAUCAACCUCCACAAUAAAUCAACUUCUUUUUAAUUUUUGUAAUUAAAAAAACAAAAACAUUUGUAGUUGCUUCUAGUGGCACCUUAGACGUCUGUAUUGCUUUCUCCUAUUACUAAAAUAAUUCUUCAGUCAUGGCAGUGUUCAUAGAUUUCAAAUUAUAUUUUAGACCUUCAGUGCUCAACCUGUGGCUUGUGCCUGUCCUUGGAGGUUCAACGUCCAUCCAAGAGGGCAGCACACCUUGCAGCCUGCCCAGGGGAUAGCAGUCCUGUAACAGUCUGGUUUAUAUACAGACUGCGAUGAUUUUAUGUGUUUUGUAUAGCAGAGACCUCAGAAGGACGUGUUAUGUUUGUAGUAUUAAUUUUACACGUUACCAUCUGGUAUUGAGAACAAUAUGUGGAAAUCGAGAGGACACACAUCCUGCCUUUUAUUUUCACAUCAUACAACUCAUACCGCCUUCAGACUUCCUGUCGUUGUGAUGCCCUCAGGACAAACAACACAGCAGUGUACUCAUCUGAAAAAAAAAAAUACCACAACCCAAGUCAAAAUAUAAUUAAAAAAGAUUUAUUGCUACAAAAUGAUGUUUUAAUCUGGCACAGAAAGCUUUUUGGUCUGUUACAUUCCCCAAGAUUAUAUUUUCUCUUGAUUCGUAAAGAGAAUGAAUAUGUCUACACCUGUCUUACAAGUUUUCUAAGUCAAAGUACGUCACUCUUUAAUAAGUGACCGGAUUUAAUAUUCAGUACCUGUUGGAUUUCAGAUGCUAAUGACAUUUGGUAUGAGACAGAUACUUUUUGAGGUGUGUGUGUGCUGAAUAGAGAGGAAAGGAAAACAAAACAUUUGAUAUUUAUGUGCUGGGAGGGAGGUGUUUCAUUCUAAAGACGUGUUUUUCAAAGGUGACUACUAGGUUGUUGCCAAGUUUAAAUCACUAUGGAUUGCAAUGAAGGAACGAGAAUUUUUUUUUGGGCACUUUGUUUUUUUUUAUUUUUCCUAACAAUGAGUGUUCUAGGCGGCUGUGACUAUAUCGAGCCUCACCUCAAAUUGUAAUACAGAUUAGUUAUAGUUGUUAAAGAACAUUAGCUGUCAUGUUACCUUAUAAUAUUUGUGAUUCAGGGUGUCUCUAUGUGCCAGUUAUAAUUCAUUACAUAUAAGGCAUGUUGACAGAAAUAAUUAUUUGGCGAACCUCUUAAGGUAGAUUAUCUUCCUCAUCAAUAGAGCAUUUUUAAUAAUUCUUUAAUUUCAUCCUACUUUUUCCUCUGUGAAUGAUUGCAAUGGUGGAGCAAUUGUUUACUACAAAAAUUCCAAAAGGAAGAAGUUCAUUUCUAAUCUAUGUGAGCUGUGACAGAAGCGUACAAUAAAACUCCAUAUUAUGCGCAGCUUGGCUCUUUAUAACACAGAUUUACAAAACCAUCAUCAGAAUGUAAAAUAUAUGUAGUACAGAUGACUGGUUGUAGUCAGACAUCUGUACUUACUGUAUAUAGGUGUGUGUGUGUGUGUGUGUGUAUAAUAUGCAUGCACCCGGCAAGUACACUAAAUGCUUUAAUGCACAAGAAUUUGCAUAUAUAUAUAUAUGUGUGUGUGUGUGUGUGUGUGUGUGUAUGUAUGUGUAUAUAUAUAUAUAUAUAUAUAUAUAUAUAUAUAUAUAUAUAUAUAUAUAUAUAUAUAUAUAUAUAUAUAUAUAUAUAUAUAUAAUAUAAUAUAAUUAUUUUGUAGUGGAUAGAAAAUAGCACUAACUGUUUAAGACCUAGCAUCAAAAACAUGAGUGAUAGAUUUUCGAUAUAAGUCGAGAAUACUACACAUUUUUAAAUAUUUGCAGCGACACACUAGAGACUAUUAUGUUUAGUACAGAGUUUAGUAUAACCGAUCGCAAAAAAUUACUCAAGUUGCAUAAAAAGACGAUUGCGUCACAGUAAGGAUAUAACGUAUUACCGGGCCUUAGAAUGGCCAGACUAGUCAUCAGACAGAAAUAAAGCGUAUUUAGAGUCAAGCCAAGGUCAGGGUAACGGAGAGACAGCGAAAACAAGAAAUAGUCAGAGGUCAGACGGGCAAACAAGAUAGGAAAGGGUUAAAGAUAAACUCAGAGUCAAGAACAAAGCCAAGGUCACUACCAGAAGAAACACAAUAGAUCAAGGAACGCACUAAAGAGUACUAAAACAGAAACCAGGAUAAGGCUAGGGAACUUGAGCCUUUAAUUAACAUUUGACUGGCCAACAUCAUGCCUACACCCCCAAAAUGUGCGUGUGUGGGAAUACCAGAAUGAGGUGGGCCAAUGGAAGCCUAAACCCACUUGUGGCUCCCACUGCCCCUUUAAGAGCGCGCUCGUGACACAAGCUGCUCUCCUAGUGCGAGGCAGGCCGCGUAGACGCACACUGGCAGUCAGAGCACGUGGCCCGCUCCGAAGAGGAGACCAAGCUGCGCGUGCGGUUCUUGCUGAGGACCCCAUCUGGCCCCCUGUAUAAGGUAAAUACAACCACAGAUUGUAUGCAAAGGAAAAAGGAAGAUAAAAUAGACCAGCGUAAUUCAGGCUAGUAGACAAUCUUAUAUAGUAAGACUUGUGUCCACCAAAGAGGCCCCUGUGAUGGUCCAGUGGCGGACCAGCACCCAGAGGGUCACUAAAAAAUAUAUAAAAUUUAACAGGCAAUGCAAUAUUAUAGUACUAAAACAAUAUUAAGGGAAAUAAACAGUUACUCUACAGUACUUAGGCAAUAUUAGCUAGAGUCUUAUUCCUAGACCCCAACUCAGCCUAUUACCUCGAAGGGCAUAUCACAGUCCCGCUUUGACAAUACAUUCCUCCUAUUUAGCAGCAUGAGAUAAAUCUGUUGUGAUGACCAUUUAGGUUGGUGUGUUAGACCUGAUGGUAUUCUAAAUGUCCCCUCCAAUAUUCAAAAUUCCAAGAAAAGUCCUAAAUAUGACCUCCAGGGACCUAGGUCCCAUGGUGAUCUAGAUUCAGCCUCUUCUGUCUGGGGGAACUGCCGAUUCAGCCACCAUUUUUAGGUUUGCUCUUGAGCUGGAGUCACCGACUUCCACAGGAUUCCAUGUGGUAACCUAUGAGAUGGUUCACCUUUCAUCUCUUGUUGAUUAGGAGUCUGCAUGUGAUUUUGUGUAAUUUCCGUUAGGGUGUCAGAUUGCUUACUGUAGUGGACCUUAGAGCACGUUGUGUCCACCAUUGGCGUGACACGCUGGCUCUGUUAUUGUCCAUAGGUCCUCCAAGAUGUAGAUGGGUAUCUCUGCUGGUCUAGAGGGGGAGAGGGGGAACAGGGCCACAGGAUGAUUCUAUAUGGGUCCAGACCUUCUUAAACUGUAAGAUCAGCUGUCUCUCCCGUCCGAUGUCUUAGCUAUGUCUCACUAUGUCUUCCAUUUUUUUUUUGUAUUGUACUGCUCCAAAGUAGACCGUACAGGUCAGGAUAAAGAUAAGUCUCUUAAAAUUGCAAAAUAAGAGUGCUGAGAGGCGAUAAACUCACUAAAAUCGAUAUCCAAACGAGGAACUCUCUAAAGACAUCUCUAACCGACAUUAAGGUCAGGCCUCACCCCAUGUCAAAUUUAUUUUAUGUGGGCACUAUACCUAUAUACAGUAAGUACAGAUGUCUGACCAGAACCAGUCAUCUGUACUAUUUAAAGGUAAUGUAUGCUAUUUUGCAGCUUACACUCAGCCCUAACAGUGUAAACAGAGCCACAUAUUCCCCUCUUCCGGGCAUUUAGAAUGCAGUCUAUACUUUUGCUUUUUGUAGUCCUCUUUAAUGUAGGCAAAAGAACGGCGUUUAGAGUUGUUCAGCCUGAUGAUACUUUUCAGCAAAAACCUAGCUGGAUGGAUAUGAGCUAUGAAUUAUUGAUCACUAAUUACUCCUUGCUAAAUUCUUUCAGUGCCAUUGUGGUAGCCUAGCCAAGUAUAGAUUUACUGACUACUGCAUUCAGUAUGUGAUCAGAGGAUGGUAAAGAGAAAAUACAAGCAGAUGUUGGGUAAGGUGGUACCAACACAUGUUGACUGUUGUGCAUUUUUUAUUCUUUAACCUUUUUCAGACUUUUUUUUUUUUAUUAUCAUCAUCCUCGGGUAAACAUUGGGGGUUCUUUACAAAGAGCAGCUCUAAAGCAAAAUUCUAAAAGUGAAGAAAUUAUUUGAAACAUUCUGUUUUUCCCAGACGUGUUUUGGGUUAAUAAGUCUGGCAUGAAUCCCCAGUUUUGGAUCUAUCAGUAAGUCUAGCAGUUUCUCUGAAGAUUAAUGGAUUGACGUGUGGUUGAAAGCCCAUUUAUAGCUUAGCUUGUAUGUUACUCGUAAUGGGAGUAUUUCUCGAUUAAAGAUCCCAAGCAGGAUGGCCCAAAGUGCAGUAAAGGUUUAAUGAGACUAUCUAAAUAUAGGCUUGUAAAUGUGGUUACAGGUUAUAAAGCUUCAUAUUACAACCAACCAUGGCUUUCUGCAGAUCACAUAAUGUGCAGAAGUAUUACUAUACUAUUUGGUACCUGUUCUCCAGUCCCACAUUUUAAUUGAUGUUCCUCUCUGCUGCAUAUUGCAUAGAAUAAUCCCUUUUGGAGCAAGAGGUAGAUCCAGAUUUACAAGCAAGGAUUAUAUCACUCAAGCAUAUAAGAAGGACCUACACUAUGGCACCUCAUAGUGUUAUUUUCCCAGUGACUGUAACAUACUGCACUAUUUCUGCAUAUUUUCCAGUGACUGUAACAUACUGCACAGAUUUCUGCCUUAAAGGGACACUAUAGAUACCAAGACCACUUCAGCUCAUUAAAGUAGUCUGGGUGCAAUGUCAUCGGGGGAAGAAGAGCAGAGGCAGGUUCUAUGGGUAGGGGGUGUGGCGAGGGGUGUACUAUAGAGCUAGGAAUACAAUUUUGUAUUCCUAGCACCAUAGUCUACCUUUAAUAGUUUAAUUGAUAUGUUCCGAAAUAAGUGAGUUUUCAAUGAUUGUUAAAAUGAGUGGAGAUUGGGUGAUUCUAAUGGAGCUAGGAAGGGAGUUCCAUAGGAAUGGUACAGCCCUGAAUUACUUUUUUAAAUUUUUUUUUUUAAUUAUUAUUCUUUACUUUAAUUGCGCAAUUGUUGAACAUAACAGUAGCAUUACCACAGUAGCUGGUGCCAACAUUCUCGUUCACAUAAGUUUAUGUGGCUUCAAAGACUUUGCACUUUUUUGAUAUAAUGAGAAAAAUCAUGCAGACAACAAAGGUUUCACAAUAAAAUUAAAAUAACAGUAGCUUGGCAAUAUGGUGUAGGUUAUAAUAAUAAUAAUAACGAUCCUGCUAGGACCUUCACUGGGUAAGGUUUAGUCUGUGUGUGUGUGUGUCGGUUUGGUCUAGAUUAUAUUCCCGUCAGAGAUCUGGUCUGAAACCAUUUUGUAGUGUAAGAGCUUUUCCAUGAGUGUGUGUAUUAGUGCCCUGUAUUACUUUUUAAUAAUCACAUUUGCAAUAAUUUUUUUUACACCACUUUUGUAUAUAAGUUACUCAGUUUAUAUUGUUAUGAUUUAGUGACUAGUGUCAGGAGGUUUGGAUUUGUGCCUAAAAUGCCUUUUAUAAUGAUACAAAUCCCAUGACUUGUAUGUUUAAAAUGUAUUAUUAAAACUAGAAUUGUAACUUUUAGCAUACACCUGUUGGUUUUAAGGAUGGAUACAAUCAGGGUUAUUUCAUAAAGAGAUAAUUGUUGACCAUUCAAAGUGAAUUUCAGAUUUAAGGCCAAAAUAGCCUAACCAAAAUAUUUCUGAACUCUGGUUGCAGUUCAGAUAUUUUAGCCUGACAUUUGAAAUUCAGUUCAAAUUCACUCUGAAUUCCCAACAAUUCUCUUUUGGUGAAUAACCCGAAGUGUGUCCAUCGAAGUAGUGCCUUCGUGUAUCUUGUGUAUGGUUCGUACGUGAGCAUCUAUAUACAGUCCUUUUGCUCUCCGAUUACAAAUAUUUCAUUCAUUUCAAUGCAACCAUGGAAACAUGGUACAUGACAAUCUAGGCCACUUGCAGAACUCUCUGGCCUAUGCGUGAGGAAAGGAUUUUCUUACAAAUAAGUUAAGUAAGAUAACGCCUACAGUGACAAAGAAAUAUCACCAAACUGAAACCAAACACCACUCAAACUGUUUAGUUCUGUUUUUUGUUUAUUUGCUGGGUGGAUUGGUUGGUUGAUAAUGGGUGGGGCCUUAGAAGUGCUUCAUAAUUUUCUUUGAGUUGCUGAGACAACAGUUCUUCAAAAAAAAAAAAAAAAAAAGUAAGAAUGCAUACAGUAACAAAAUAAUAUUAGCAUAACGAAAGUCAAACAUAAUUCAAACUGUUUUUGUAAUAUUUAUUCUUUUUUAUUUUAUUUUUGUUUUUUUGGAUUAAUUGUUUAAUAUUAGGCGUGGGAUAAGAAGUGACUCGUACUUUUCUUGCCGAGUCGCUGAGACACCAGUUCUUCAAAAGUUGCAGAUUGAAGUGCCACUUUAUUUUUAUAUAGGUGAUAGUCACACUUAGUUUGGCUGCCAAUUCCCCUUGCUACAGUAUUCAGAGUUCCUAUGUCUUGCGGUUUUCUAACCGACAUUGUGGUAAUAUAUACUGUGAGCAGUGUGACUGCUGUCAAAAACAACCUACGACAGAUGAUAUCUGUUUGUGUAGAAAAAACAAAACUGUUUUUAAAAGAUGUGCGGAGAAGCAACAACUGGCUAAGUUUGAGGCAUCACCACUCCAAUAGCCCUGAGACAGCUACGGCCAAGCGAUGACUGGGCAACGUUUCCAUUAAUCUUUGUCAAAAACGCAUCUCUGUUUGCCAGAAUAUCCAUUGGUGGUUAUAAUAAAUGCAAAUUAUAAUAUAUAAUAAAUUGCAAUUUUGAGAAGAUUCCAUAGCGGUUUGUUUUUUCAAAUAUUUUAAAGGGGAACUCACAUUUAUGUUAGUGGGAGAUCCUCUUUCACAUCGCAGCAUCUGUGAUUAAAGCACUUGGAAUAUACAGUGCAGCAGACCCUUACAAGCAAUAUUUACCUGGAAGUAAGACUGGCUCUCAGGAAGUAUAUGGUAACAUGGGGUUUAACCCAAAACAGAAAUAAUGAAAGUGUCCCCAGGCAUUCACAUGUUAAAUGCAAUUUGUUCGUUUUGUUUGUUAUUCUAGGUGUUUGUUUGUAUUUUUUUUUAAUGCAUUUAUUUAUUAAUAAUUCUUUUCUAGAACUUUUUACUGUGGAGAAAAGUUAUAUUUUGCAUGUAACAGUGUAGGGAGGAACAGUUUAGUUUAAAUAAAUAAGCAUGUAACCUGCACCGAAAACUUAAUCUAGAUCUUUAAUUUUUUUUUUCUUUUACACAGAUGUCACUAUGUCAAUUUACAAGUUUUAGACCAAAAAUUGUCUCUAGACUCUUGCAUUCCAUUUCUAAUAGUUUUAAAACAUCUGCCUGUAGGGAUGAAACCUGGCCGUAAGAGUAAUAUUUGUUUUCCAACGUGUCAUUAGCAGUUAACCAAAAACAGACAUGUCAGGGGAGGUAUGUUUUUGUAAACUUUAAGGAAAAAUACAUUUUUCAGAAAGAAUAACCGGUUCAAGAUUUGCUGAGAAGUUCACUCCCUGGUCUGGAUAGAGAUUGCUGCAGAAGCAGUAAAUACUAUAACUUCGGAGGGUGUUGUCUAUUUUAUUUAUUUCUUAAUUAUUUAAAGGAACCCUAUAAUCCCAAAAAUAACACUCAAUUUUUUUGGGUGGGGACUACAAAUUCUCUUCUAUGGUUGUGACCUCUUUCCCACCACCAUUUGCUGUUAAAAGCUUACGUUAAAUAAAGUUUACUCACCUGGUUUCUAUAACCAAGACACUUCUGCAGCAGCCAACCGUUUCACCUUUGUCUUCAAGCAAUCUGACCUCCUCUGCGAUCUUGUUCAAUGUAAUGCUUGUCACAGAGAAGCAUUGGGAACAAGAUAUAAAACACUGCACUCCUCCAAUCAAAUGCUCUCUAUGAGCAACACUUGAUUGGAGAACCGAGUUUAACUCCAUUCUGGAGGGGAAAGCGUCUCAAUUGGCUAAGAAGACCACCACUGGAGUUGUAUUGAACAUUGUAAUGUAAACUGCUGUUUACAAAUCUUCAGUGUUUUACAUUGAGAGGUUAAAAUACAGGUCACUGCACCCAGACUCCUUCAUUAAGAUGAAGUGAUUUGGGUGCCUUUAGUGUUUCUUUAAGCUAUAAUAGCUAUCUUGUGUAGCGUAUCACGUAAAGAUUACACUUGUACAGAGUUGUGGCUAUUUAGUAAUGGUGCAGUGUAGAUUUUAGCUAAACAAAAUAGCUUUGCAUCAAAUAAUUCUCAUUAAUGAGAGAGAAAACUAUUUGCAAAUAAGAUCCAAGGGGUCUAACUUUUGGCCUUCACAACUCUCUGUUCCUAGGACCUUGGAGAGCUCUGCAAGCACGAGAACCCGUCACGUCCUCUCCCGCUUCAUCAGUCACUGUCCACUUCUCUCAUACAGCAAAUAGGAUAAAGUAGUUAGAAUCCUGCGGCAGCGUCUAAUCUACCAAGUAAUGCCAGUUAUCCUAUUUUGCAACCUUAAAUUCCAGAUUGUUUUACAAAGCAGCUUGGAAUUAAGAGCUCUCGGAACACAGACUUUAUUCACUAAAUAGACUUGUGAUGAAUUAAAAACCAAAUUGUACAAUUCAGGUUAAAAUAGCUAAGUUGGGACUCUAGCUGAGUCAGCUCAUUUCUCCAAAUCUGACAUUUUAUACCAGAGUUGUAGAACAUAUUUGUGACAAACUGCCAUUUGCCACUGGGCAUUGGAGAGGACUGAUUGCCAGCCUCCUGCCACAUGACUAUGGCCCUGGGAUAUAUGGCAUUUGAAAACACUAUUUGUGCCCUGUGACAAAACUGGAGAUUGUGCACAAAUAUUACUAUUGUCCAUAUGUUUUUGAUUCCCUUCGUUUGUUGCACUGUUCCCUAUGUGUUUCAUCUGUUAGUUCGGCUGGAUAGACUAUCAGACAAACUGUGGAGUUACUGGGUGGCCACCAUUUCAUGUAUCUGAGGCACAUGGUGAGAACAAUGGAUGAAGCACAUGGUGAGAACAAUGGAUGGCAGCCAUUUUAACUCACAGACACUGUUUUGACUUUUCUACACGGUGCCAUCUCACCGGUAUUUGGUGCACAAAGACAUCGUUCAGUAGUUUUAAACUACAGAACAGGGGACACAUUUAACAGUAAUUAUUUUUCAUAUAGCCUGUAUAUGUUCUGCGGAAUCUGCAUUAAACCGUAUCUUCCAAACUACUGAACGGAUCUGGGUGAAUUUUGGAUUUGUGGUUCACCCAGAUCCCCCCGGUUCCGAGGAUAUAUUUUUAUGGGGUUAUUGCAUGUUUUGGGGUCCCUGUGAUAUGUUUUAUAAUACUGUAUUUUCCUGCCUGUGAUAAUUAAGUUAGUCUAUUGUGUUGAGAUAAUUGUAUCACAGGCAGAGGGGAGGAUUUCUGAUGUAAUGAAUUGGAAUGUUAGCUGUGUUGUAAUGUGUUGAUUGGUUGUUCUUCAAAACCCUGUGGGCAGUACUAUGUUUGUAGAAUGUGAAUAAAAGAGGCUGUAUGUGCCAGUACAGACAGUUCUUCUUGUGCCUCAACACGUAGUCUGUCUCGUGAUUGGAGGGGACAGCUAUAUUCACACUGGGGAUUGCUAUGCUCUGCAUACUCCUUUGAGCUUUAAUCACUUAGCUCUUUUAAGAGCUUGUUCCGGAUACGCUCUCCUGAAGGAGAGGUCUUCCCCACACGGUCCUAGAGGACAGAAGCUGAUCCGGGGUGGACAGAAGACGGCGAGACUCCAGUUAAGCUACGGUGGUUGUAGAGUCUGCGGUGAUUAUGGUGUCUGGUGCGGUGCUUGUGGUCCUCGGCGCAAGUUAGGAAGCGUCCAUCAACGGAAGGUACUCGGUCAGAGUAUGGGGAGUUCCGUUACAAUAUUAUAAACAGAAUAUAUCACAUGGACGUCGAACUUAAUUUUAUUUUUUUUUAUUAUUUAUUUUUUACUUUAGCUUGAAUUAAGUGUACCAUUAGAACUGUGAUGGUUUGCUGCAGGGUCCUAAGUGCUGGAGUCUCUGCAAAAUUUUCAAAAAGAGAUUGAGAAACCGUGCACACAUAAAAAUACAGUUAUAAAUGUUAUAACGCUACUAAAAUCACCUAUCUCUGCAAACAAAUAUGCGGAUUCAGUUCCACCAUAUGGCCAUAUCGUGUUAAGUCCACCACUACCUCACAGUACCCCAAUAUCAUUGGGUCCUACACUAAUUCCAAUGUGGGAAGCAAAUUAAAGGGACAAUCCAGGCACCCAGACUACUUCUUCCCAUUGGAGCGGUCUGGGUGCCAACUCCCACCACCCUUAACCCUGCAAGUGUAAUUAUUGCAGUUUUUGAAAACUGCAAUAAUUACCUUGCAGGGUUAAGUCCUCUGAUAGACAGCCACUAGAGGGACUUCCGUGUUUUUAGAACACAAAAAGUAUUUUAAACGACACUGGACAUCCUCACGCUAUACACGAGGACCUCCAGCGUCGCCGGAUUCCCCAUUAGAAAGCAUUGAAUAACGCUUUCCUAUGGGGAGGUCUAAUACGCGUGCGGCCAUUGCCGCACAUGCGCAUUAGGUCUCUCCCACCAGCUGACGGUGGGAGAGGAGCGUGGGCGGAGCCUGACCCAGCGCCGAGGGACAUCGACGCUGGAUUUAGGCAAGUCACUGAAGGGGUUUUAACUAUAUAUAAUGCAAAAUUAAUGUGAUAUAAAACACAAUAAAAAAAAAUACAGUGUCAAACCUAAACAAUUAAAGUUAUAGAGCUUUGAUACAUACACUCUCAAUGAAUAUCAUCAAUGUGCUCUAUAUCGAAUACAAAAUUAUUAUUAAAGUGCCCGGUGAUUCAGAUUUUUUUUUUUUCGCCCUUUGCUCUGGCUCCCUACGUGUGCCACUUGAAAUUAACAUGGGAUUGUUCAGCACUGGCUUACUUUGAAGCGUUUAUGGCAUUUGUCACUGAUGGUACUCCAUAUGGAAUAAUCUUGAGUCACGUUAUUGUAAAUGAUUGAGAAGUGUUAUAGACUUCUAUUAAUCUAAAUGUUAAUUCUCGAUCUAAUGGAAGAUUGAGUGAUGAGAACCCUACAUUACAACCGAUUUUAAUUUCCUCCCCUCACCCCCCAAACACCAGUAGUAAGCCAAAUUGUGACCUGUCCUGUAUUAAUAUUCAAAUAUGUCCUCAGAAAUCAGAUGAAAAGCUAGAAACGGCUUUAUUAGUCAUUUACACUUUGACCUACUAUAAAAUUUGAGCACAUCAUUUUUAUUUUUUUUAUAUCCCAUUACUGCAGUGUUUAAAUAUUUAGCAUAUACUUCCCAAGGCUGAAUUCGUUAGGAACCUUAAAACCAGCAGUCACUCUUCUAGUGACCUACCCUUGUUUAAUGCAUACAAAGUUACAUGCAUUAAUGUCCUAAGAAAGUGGAAAAUAUUUUGAAGACCAAUGUAAUAAUGAAUUAUUCUGGAAUGACCAUGUAAAGAAAUAUAUUGUGGGAAUAUUUUAUAUUCUAAAGUCAUAUAUUUUAUCUGUUUUUGCUAAUCAUAAUCCCUUUAUGAACUCGCUAAGAUAAGUGUCCCUGCUUUGUUAUCUAUCCUCCAUUAUGUCAGAUCCUGAACUUUUGAUUGGUUGAGAGAUCUCUGGAUAAUCCAGAGUCCUAGAGAGAGUGACUCCAUCAAGGUACCACUGUAAUAAUAAUAUUCCACCUUGUGGUGUGUCUGUGGAGUGGGUAGUGGGAACUAUAGAAGCUGAAUAAGACUGAUGGGCUGUAGAAGGUAGAACCAAUAGUCAAUCAGUUUGGAGGGCAGGUGGACAAGGUCUGAGUGGACAAGAUGAGAAAGGUGGCUUCUAAUGUUACAUAGUUUCACACAGUUUCUCUUCUUUUUAAUACUUGUGCUAAUUUUUAUGCAGUUCUAAUCCAUGUUUUGUUAUUGAAGGACUUUGGCUUUGCAAUCAGGUUGGCGUUUUCAGAGCCAAUAAGAUGAGAUUGCAUUUCUUAGAGAAGCACUGGAACCAAUGAUGUGUUAUUAAGGCAAUUUAUAAAAGUGAAUAUUUCUCUUAAAAUCAGCACUUUUAUAAAAUAAGACAUAGGGGACAUACAUUUAACCCCUUAAGGACCAAAAUUCUGGAAUAAAAGGGAAUCAUGACAUGUCACACAUGUCAUGUGUCCUUAAGGGGUUAAAAUAUUAAGCACUUUAAGCACUCUCAGUACUUUAGAUGAAUGGAGAAUCUGUUUAAAAUGAACCUUUUUUUUUGUAAAAAAUAACUCCCUUUAAGUCAUCCAAUAAGUCAAUGUAAAAUAUUGAGAUAAACUCACCUCACUUCUGUUCCUUAGUUGCCAUCUACAGACCUUUGUGGGUUAAACUCUUUGUGUUACACCUCUGGUCCAUCUUCAGCUGCUUCUCUUGUCGUCUUUGACUUGCCUUGCUUGGGGUAAACUUUUCUGCCAACCCUUGACAGUAAAAUUGUCAACAUAGAGUAUAGGCAGAAGAUUUGACUGAAGUUGGAGAAAGAUCCAUUCUAAAUUGGUCUUUUUCCCAAUAUAUAUACUAAUCAGCCACAACAUUAAAACAACUGGCAGGUGAAGUGAAUAACAUUAAUAAUAUAGUGGCAAUGGCACCUGUCAAGGGGUGGGAUAUAGUGGGCAGCAAGUGAACAGUCAGUUCUUGACUUUCAUGUCUUGGAAGCAGGAAAAAUGGGCAAGCAAAAAUAUCUGAGGGACUUUGAAAAGGGUAAAAAUAGUGAUGGAUUGACAACUGGGUCAGAGCAGCUCAAAAUUGGCACGUCUUGUGGAAUGUUUCCGGUAUGCAUUAAUUAGCACCUACCAAAACUGGUGCAAGGAUGGACAACCAGUGAGCUGGCAUAUGGGUCAUAGGCGCCCAAGGCUCAUUGAUUCAUGUUGGGAGCAAAGUGUAACCUGUCUGGUCUGAUCACACAGAAAAGUUAAUUUAGGUCAAAUUGCUGAAAAACUUAAUGCUGGCCAUGAUAGGAAGGUGUCAGGUCACACAGUGCAUCGCAGUUUGCUGUGUUUGCGGCUUUGUAGCCACAUACCGGUCAGAGUGCCAAUGAUAACCCCUGUCUAGCACCAAAAGCACCUUUAGUUGGAGGCAUGAGCAUCAGAACUUGACCAUGGAGGAACGGUAGAAGGUUGCUUGGUUGGUCUGAGGAAUUACGUUUUCUUUUAGAUCAGGUGGAUGGCAAUAUGUGUCCUUUACCUGGGGAAGAGAUGGCAGAAGGAUGCACUAUGGGAAGAAGGCAGGCCGGCCGGCAGAGGCAGUGUAAUGCUCUGGUCAAUGUUCUGCUAGGAAAACUUGGGUCCUGGCAUUAAUGUGGAUGUUACUUUGACACAUACCUACCUAGAGAUUGUUGCUGAUCACAUACACCCCUUCAUAGCAAUGGUGAUUCCUGAUGGCAGUGGCCUCUUUCAGCAGGAUAGUGCACUAAUGUCCUGGUGCUAGAUACCACAGGACAAAUUCCGAGGUGGCUGAUCAGUGUACAUUUUCUAGUAUAUCUGCAAACACAAUGUAUAGAUGAAAUGUCAUGCUAUUUCAAAAGCACAUUAGUUGUUUGACCGCUAACAUUUAAAUAAUAAUAUGAAAAGCCAAACACUUCUGAUCUCCACGAAUAUAGGUGGACACUUUUUGUUUGAAGAAUGAUACUUGGGAAUAUUAGUUUAGUGCAGUGUCUUGGCUUUACUUGGUUAAAUGGUUGUUGUAUCUUUAAUUGUUCGGCACUAAAUGUGUUAAGUGGGUUUAAGUUGGAAUUUCUAUAAAACGUUAUAGGGGAGGUGCCUGUCCCGUUGCAGCACAGUCACUGAUUGUUCUAUGUGCGUUACACUUGACAUGUGGUCGGAAUCUUCCAGAAAUCGACUUUCCUAAGAGAGACUAUAAAGACUUUCGCUAUCCUAACUGUCAGCCUGCAUAGAUGGAGAUCAUAUAUCAAGUUGGAUGUUUUAAUUCAGUCUGUAUGACAGCUGGAUUUGUUAGGGAUUUUGUGUGUGCUGAUUAAUUUAUUUUUUAUGUAAAAUUUUAUAAAAUAGACACUUAGGACACUCUAAGCACCAUAACUACUAAAGCCCUCCGUGGUGUUUAUAGUGCUAGCAUGAAUUUGGUGCCAUCCCCUGGGUAUGUCAAAUGGUUUUGAACAGAUUGACACAAUUUGCAGGUGCCCACAGCCCUGCCCAAGGAUGUCAAUAUCGGUAUUGCAAAGUUAGAGUUCCACAUUACCAAUAUCACUUCUUCUGCCAAUAUUUGCAUCGAACCUAUUGGCUGAGCACAUCAACUGACAUGUGCUAAUGAAUGCCAUUCAAACUAAUAUGGUUAUCCUUUUCGAUUAUCUAGACGGAGAGGAACUGGGUCAAAGGUACAAACACCUGGUUUGUAACAAUUUCUUUAAAAAUGGUUCAACAUAUAACUGGGAGACUCACCAGCGGCAUGUUGUCACCAUAACCACUACAUUGAACUGUAUUGGCUAUGGUGCCUAGGGUGACCCUUUAAAUUAGGGAUGGGGAACCUUUGGCCCCCUAGAUGUUUUAGACUACAUCACUAAUAAUGCUUUUACAACCAUAACGCUGGCAAAGCAUCAGGGGAGAUGUAGUUUACAACAUCCGGAGCGCCGGAUUUAAUAAAACUAGCAAAAUCUGUCAGCACCAAAGUAGCUGUUUAGUAGAUAAGGGAGUGCGCUGGAUUUUCAUUUUUACUGUACUUAUUGGCCCCCAGCAGCACCCCAUUUAAGCAUGUUCAGGUGAGUGCAGCCAGCCCCUUGUUUUCCCUUAAAUGAUAGUAUUGGCAUGGAAAACAAUUAUAACAGAAUAAACCCAUAUGUCGUAAGAAUGUCCAAAUAAUCAUGAAUUUGCAUAAGUGCUCCUCAGGUAAAAUGGAAAAAAAAGGUUGUAGAGAAAAUAUAACCCCACCCCACCCACCUGCCCUAAAUAUAUAUAAUUAAGGUGUUUAUUGUACAAAAGAAAAAAAAAAUUAUGGUAUAAUAUAAUCAAAAUCUUCAGAGGAAUAUGAGUCACAUUGAUUCAGCUAGUUCCCCAAAAUAUAUUUCUUUUGCGUUUGUGUUUGUUUACAUGUUCAGGUUAUAUUUCUGUAUUUCACAAUAUUGCAAAAAAAAUCAUGCUUCAGAUUGGUCAGUUUUCCAGUAUGGAUGAGAAGUCCCUUACAAAAACGUAUGCCGUGUAAACAAGGAAUUGUUAUAAUUAUGCCAGUAUAGAAUUUUCAUAUUUUGCAAAAAUCGUUGGAAUGUUACAUAUACAUUUGUUACAAUUAAUUGAUUUGACAGGAUAUUUUAGAUUAGACAUAAACAUUUAGAACUAAAGUGUUUUAAUCCUUGUUAAAUCUACAUAUUUUUUAUUUUAUUUUUUUGUCCAUGAUCGUUCAUCUUUUUCCCCCGCAGCAUGUCUUCUACAAGCCGAGUUGGUGAAUUAUGAACGGGUGAAAGAUUAUUGCUUGAAGGUGCUCAAUAAGGAAGGCGAGAAUUUUAAAGCCCUUUACAGAUCUGGAGUGGCCUUUUACCACCUGGGAGACUAUGACAAAGCUCUGUAUUACUUGAAGGAAGCCAAGAGCAGACAGCCAACAGGUACAAUAACAACAAAAAGGAAACCAACAACAUUGUUGCAUAAAAAAAAAAAUCAUAAAAUGAUUUCAGUGGUAGUCAUUUGUCUGUAGAUAACUCAUCAUAAGAAAGUACUGGUUUUUGAACUAGAGAAGGAGAUAACUCAUAGCUUCUCAAACUACUUCUCGUUUUGUUAAACUACUAAUAGAAAACUACUAAUACAUUUCUAAAUGUAUUCAUUUUUAAGAUAAAUUGAAUUUGCUUUUAAAACGCCAACUGGAAGCCUCACUGUUGCUGGGGAAUCUCCUCUCCUACAAAAAAUAAAAUAAAAAUUAAAAUAAAAAUAUGAUCCAGUUUACCAUCCUUUUUGCAUACCUCUCAAGUGUCCCCAUUUAGGAGGGACAGUCCCUGUUUUGGGCCCAAAUCCCUCUGUCCCUCUUUUCUAUCCUAAUACCCCUCUUUUCUAUGAGCCCUUUAUAUUGUUGGUAUAUCUGAGUGUAUAACAGAGCUCCACAUCAAUAAUACUCACAGUGAUGUGUCUUUAAACUACAAUAAAUGUGUUUAGAAAUCAAAUUGUGUAACAAAGACACAUUGUUCUAAAUUACAUUUAUGUUACAUAAAAUGUUCAUAAGUCACCUAAAAUUUUGGAGAAAUGUAUUUGUCCAUUUGAAAUGUUGGGCGCUUUAGUAUUUCUGAUCUAUUCCCAAAUAAUACUUGCCUUAUUUACGGAGGUUGUUUGAGAUGGUAAUCUAUUCGCUGCAAACUGCAACUCCUUAAUCUCCUUUUGAUAUAUAUAUAUAUAUAUAUAAUGUGUGUAUUUAUUUAUUAUUGUCUAAGCCUGAUAGGAGUUGCAGUUCAAAGUGGCCGUUACAUCAGAAUGGUUUAUCACCUCCCAAAUUGACUUGACUCAGAGCUUACCUUACCUUUCACAUGUGAUUUCUAAAAACGUUUGUUGGCUACAACACCACUGUGAGAAUAUUCGCUUCAUAAUGCGAUAUAUUUUUACUUACUCAAUCUCGUGCUGUCUUCGCUGUGCUGCCUAGCACUUUCUGUGCUGUAGGGAUGUAAACCAGAUAGCUUUGAACCCAUCAAUUGCAACCAUUUGGACAAUCUCACACUUCUAAUAUUAGAAUCAAAUCUCAGCCUUCCCUCCUCAUCCUCUUAAAAAAUGUUAACUGCAUUGACCAGAGGUUAUCUGUUACCUUAGGGCUGAUAACAAACCACAUUUAGUUUUAGACAUCUCCCACAAAUUGUUCAUCAAUGAGCCUGACCUCGUUAAAAAUGCCUAUUGCCAUUACAGUAUUGUGUACAAUGCAGAAACUGAAGUACACACAACUAAUGUACGCUGCAGAAUUCUUAACUGCCCUCGUUGGUAACCAGCACACGCUCUCAAAUUAUCACUGGACUGCGUUUUCAUCAGUUCCACAAGUAAUUGGUUAAAUCUGCUUGUCCAGGAUAAUAUCCUCGCCAAAGUAUGCAGCUGGCUAUCUAUAAUAUAGUUACACCUUAUUGUGCAUGUGGAGACAGAUACAGGAAUGUGACCCUCGAGCAGUAAUCCGAAUGCUGGAACAAAUUUCUUUUAACUUCUUGAACCUCUUGAGCUACGCAGGCUUGUCAUAGUUGAGAUAAUGAAGUAUUGUAGCAUUUAAAAGCAUGCUUAUUUUGUAUAUGUUUUUUUUAUGAGUGGAGACAGUUUGUUGAUGAAUUAAGGAGUGCAAUUUAUCUUCUUAUCUUCCAUGUUAAAGGGGAGGCUCUGAGAAGUCCCACACAUUUAAAGAGUUCAUUACCCUGACUUCAUACAGUGCACUGUAGUGAUUAUGAUGCCUUGUGUGACCCUUUAACACAAUAAAACCUGAAGUCUGGUUUGGGGUGAUACUUCUCCCCAACAGAAUUACUUAACAUUAGUGAGCUGUGUAGCUCAGCAGGGCCCCUGAUCAGAGUAUGGGUGUUCAUACAUUGAUGGAGGCCUUGAUUGUAAUCAAUGCUGCUCAAAAUUAAAUCGCUGGAUAUCUCUUGGUCCAGUUCAUGGGAUUGUUUUAUUUGAAGCGUAAUAUUCAAUGUACUUCCUAUGAUGUUGUAAUCACUGUUUGAUCAGCCCCUAAUGUCUGCUGUGCCCUCAGACUCCAAGAAUGCGGAAAUCAGUCUUCUUAAAGGGACACCGUAGGCACUGUAUCUGCUUCAUCUCAUUAAACUGUUUAUAGUGUCUGGAGUCUUCUGGUCCCAUCUUUUCUAUCAGCAUUAAACAGUUUUUAAAAUUUUAAUGUUUUAAUGCUAAACAAGAGUCCCCGGCAAUCCAUCCCCUCUGUGCUGCUUUGGCUAAUAAGGAAGUAUUAGCCUGAGCAGAAAUGGGCAGCUGUGAUUGGCUGAGAGUGUCAGCUGACUGCUUUAAGCCUGUCAGAGUUCCAACUGACGGUAUGAGUGGGUAUGACAACAAGGAAGUGUGUAAUCUCUGCCUUGGCUACACAUACUGAAGGGGCCGGACUGUGGGUGGCCAGGGACUCUUAUUUUGUGGCCUACUGCACGAACAUGGUGCAACACUGAAUGGAGUGACAGUGCCAGGCACUAUAACCAAUUCAAAGAGAUGAAAUGCUUAUAGUGACUACAGUGUCCCUUUAACUGUUUUUCACAUAGUAAAUAAUACAAGCCCAGGAACAGUAUACGGUUUUGUUUGAUUAUAAAUAUUUAUUUAUGUAUUGAGGUAGGGGUAUACUUAUCACUUUUUUUUUUUUUUUUUUAACAGGUUUGUUUUGUAAGGUGUGAAAAAUUCUAAUUAAAUGUAGACACCCACUCCUAUCUAGCAACUGGUCGCCUCCAUCUAAGUUUUGUCAUUCAUUUGGCAAUCUGCAUAGAAAAGAUAUUUAAGGGGGUGAUUUUACAUAUUACAUAAUUUACACAACAUUUUUAACAGAAUAUUGCUCUUAGCGUUUUGAUAUUUUCUUUACAUUUUGUUUGUUCGUUGUUUUUCUAUCAUCCCAUUCAUAUAAUUACUCUGUCUAUCCCCUUAUUUCCAUAUAACAGUGAUUGGAGAAUUACUUUCAUUCAAAGCUACAUUUUUGUGUUUUAACAUCUAUAUUCUGCGCGUCAAAAAUCCAAAAGUUAAAUUUCCAGGUGUAGAGACGAGGGAGGAUCCGCGUUAACAUUUCUUUUAUGUAUUUUGUAAAUAUUAGUUGGAUGGUGGGGUACAUUGUGGGUUUUUGUGAACUUUGUACAUUUAGAUGUUAAGGGACUGCGUAACUAUUUGGAUUAGCAUCUUACUCUACCAAAUCCCACUGUUAUCUUUAUCGGUUUUUCUUUUUAGCACAGUUUGUUGUCAUCUCAACUUUUUCUGUCUUUUUUUUUCAUUUUUCCUCUAGAUACUAAUGUGAUUAGGUACAUCCAACUGGCAGAGAUGAAGAUCAGUAGAUGUUCCCAAAGAGAAAAGGAGGUCUCUUAAGCCCAGGAGUAUUUCACUGUGCGUAGGGUCAGAUGACUGGGUCAUUGCAAGCGGUAAAGGUUAGUGACCCUCUGUCACUUACCUGCUCUCCCAGAUAUUAGCUCUUUCAAAGUUCCAGACUUGGAAUUACUCAACUCUGCGUAAAUACCUGGAUCUGCUUAUCUAAAGAACUAGGAACCACAAAGGACCUUGGACCGAAACAGAGAAUAUCCAUCACGCCUCUGGUGUAAUACUCAAUGCUUCUGCAAAACAAUCCGCCCUCAGCCUGCAAUAGGGGUUUCAAGACACAAGUUGCUCGUUUUAUUUAUUAUGUUUCUGCAUAUUAAAACGGUCUAACACAACAUACAUUUUUUUUUUCCUUCUUCUAAAUGGCGCAAACUGUUGUUGUUCAGUGGGGAUUUUGCAACACAUGUAAACGUUGUUUUAAAAAAAUGCUGGUAUCUUCUCUAAUUACAAAGUGAGAGAAUUUUUUUUAUUUUUUUUUAAAAACAGUCAUUUUCCAAAGGGUAUAUGUUGAACAAAAACAGGAAAUGUGCGUUUUGUAAAUGACAGGUCUUUGCUGCUGAUUGCAUCCAUCUGUUCGGAGUGCUGUGUUCGUUCUAGCUUUCCAUCCAGAUUCCGACCUGAGAACCAACAAUUUAUACUGAGGUUUAUCUCUGAGUACCACUCUCUUUAAAGACCCAAUCAGCGAUGAUGCACUGUAUCCAAUUACCAUGUUUAGCAGUGUAUGUCCGUCUAUCAAGAGAGGGCUUUGAUGUUAUUCAGGCAGAAUUCUGCGUUCUACAGUUUUUAACAGGUAAAGGGUGUCCAACCAUGGCCCUACCAUGCUGUUGUUUGACUACCAUUCCCAUCAUUUACUUCUAGAGUACACUUUGACUAGUGUAGAGAGCAGGUAGAUGCAAAUGCUGACCAUUAAAUUGCAGGUUUGUAUUGGUAACACAGAUGGCAUCAAUAUGAUAAGAUAGAUUUUUUUUAUUUUUUUUUUUAAAUUGGAUACAAAGACUUGUAAAAAUAAAAAUGGCAGAGUUCUCCAUUUACUAUAUUAAAAGGACACUGUAGGCACCCAGACCACUUCAGUUAAUUGAAGUGGUUUGGGUGCUGUGACCCUUUUGCACUUAGUGCUGCAAUGUAAAACAUUUCAGAGAACUGCAAUUUUUACAUCGCAGCACUAAGUCUGCCCCCAGUGGCUGUUUACCAGACAGCCACUGGGGGCGCUUCCGGAAUCCAAACUGACUUUUGGUCCGUUAUCUGACGCGGGACGUACUCAUAGACCUCCAGCGUCAGAUUUUCCCCAUGGGAAAGCAUUGAAUAAUGCCUUCCUAUGGGGAGGUCUAAUGCGUGCGCACGACCAUUGCUGCACAUUCGCAUUAGGUCUCUAUCGUCGGCAGGCAGGAGCGUGGGUGGAGCCUGACCCGGCACUAAGGGACAUCGGCACUGGAUUUCAAGUAAGUGGCUGAAGGGGUUUUAACCCCUUUAACCAUGCAAGGGGGCUUGAGGGAGGGACCUAUUAAACCUAGAGUGCCAAGAAAACUGGUUUGUUUUCCUGGCACUGUAGGAUCCCUUUAACCCCUUAAGGACACAUGACAUGUGUGACAUGUCAUGAUUCCCUUUUAUUCCAGAAGUUUGGUCCUUAAGGUGUUAAAGACCCAAAACUGAGAUUUCGUGGCUGGGAUUCUAGAUGGGAACUGACUGUGGCACUUUUUAUAGAUAUUAAAGCCAUUUCUUAGAACAGGAGAAUUGUUUAAGAAGCACAGAAACUAGCCAUUUGACUGUGGAUAUGGACCUUUCUGUUCUCCUUAAUGACAUUUGGCUUUGUGAAGCAUGGUUAAUUAAAGAAGCACUCUCAGCACCCUAACUACAACCAGCUAAAAUUAUACUCUGCUUAUAGUAUAAGCAGUACAUUCAUCUACAUAUUAAUGCACAUAUAUUAAUAUACAUUUAUAAGGAAAAAAAACAUGCAUUCCCAACGCAAUAUUGACCUGUAACCAUUUAGUAGACCAACCAUGAAAAUGUAGUGUUGCUUACAUAUUCUCCCUUGUCGCCCUGCCCUCUCCAUGGCUGAGAUCAUCAAUCUUAAUGAUUUCAGCCAAUGCAAUGAUUCCCAAUAGGAAAGCAUUGGGAGGCUAGUGCGCAUGCACUGUAAAAUGCUGUGCUGUGCUCCAGGUGGUGUUCAAUGCUCUUAACAAAAACAUGCCUCCAUCGUGUCCUAAAUCACUAGACAACUUUGCCUGCUGUACAUUAAUUCUUAACUGCCAAUAGAACAAGUCUACCUGCUCUCUCUUUUCACAGUGAAAAUGCUUAGAUCAUUUAAAGAAACACUGUACUAAAGAGUGUAAGUUAUCAAACUAUUGCAAAGUUUGGCUUCUUACGGGGGGGCCACCCGGGCACUGCUCCCCACCUCCACUGCAGCUACAAGAGCUUUUGCUAGCUGUCCUAAGCCAAGUCUUGCAACGCAGGGCUAGCUGAUGCGCUAAUGCCUUCCUUUAGCUGUAGUGGAGGCAGGGAACAACAGCCAGUGAUCCCAAGUAAGAAGUAUGUAGUGGUUAUGGUACUUUAAAACAACGUGCACUGAACACCUAAAUUUUAAAAUGGACUGUAUUAUUGCCUAACACAUGACAUUUCUACGCCUUCAGCGUACGAAGGUUCUCUCCGCAGUUACUUACUUACUAAUUGGGUAUUCACAGAGGAAACGUAAGCACAAUAUUGCAAUAACCUGCUUUAGCACACUAGACAUUGGAUUGCUAACAGAACACUAGAAUAAUAUAGCUUGAUGUUACUCACUAUAGACUGGAUUCUUUUACAAGAGAUAUUUAACUUUUGUAGCUGAAAAUCAGUUAUCUAUGUGAUUGCUAUUCAAUUAUCAGAAGUAUGCUCCUAUCUCACAAUACAAUGUAGCCAUAUGUAGGAUUUACUGUACUGAUUGUCUACAUGUGGCAAACUGCAACAGGCCCAUUUGUUGAAAAAGGGGCAUAUGUGUGGGGAUCACCUAGUUUUCCUGGAAACACAUCAAGCCUUCAUAUUGUUCAACAGUGCAUGAUAAAUGCUGCCAUGUAAAAAUUGGGUUUUAUUCAUUAAACUAAACCUAUACAUUGUAGCAAACUGAUCCCUGCAUAUCAAAAUCAAGGCUAAAAUAGAAGAGCUAUGAAUAUAGCUGAGAAUUUUUCCAAAUCCUCUAUUUUUGCUUAAGUUUUGCUAUUUUGGUUUCAGUUCUCUAUAUUCCUAGAUUUUAUAAAUUGAAAUUUAAAAAACAUUAAUCCAUAGAUUUCAGUAGUUUGUUACCUCCUGAAACUCAUACAUUAUAUGUACCGCAGGACAGCACUUUUCAUGCACUAACCAUUGGUAUUAAGAUCUGAUCGUGUCUUGGAAAAUCUAGUGUAACUAACAACUGUACAUUUUCACAUCCCAAAUUUUUUAAUUUUUCUUUUUUUUUUAUUUCAAUUUUUUACCAAUUAUUAUAUUCAGUCUUGCAAAUUGAACUUAUACAGUUUAUUUUUUAUGUUGUUUUUUUUUGAGGGGGGGUAUUUAUUAAUUAUAAUUAUUAUUAAGCAACGGAAUGCUGGUUUCAGCCUGAUGCAAUCAUGAAAAUCUAAUAAUUACUGCUUGUUGCUGUUACAUUAAAGGAAUACUUUACUGACUUUUAAACUGGUUGUGGUUUAAAUUCCUGCUUAGACUGCACGUCCUCUUUAAUUCUAAUAGACUGAUAUGCUUUAUAAUAAAAAAUCUGUAUUCUAUAUUUUGUACAUUAUUUGUUAUUAUUGACAUGAUUGUUUA